AGAAUGGACAAACAUAACACAACUUACAGUCAAACUGGCAACAGUAUUCAAAGUACAGGCGCCCUAUCAACCAGACCAUUCACCGACACAUUGAUAACAGAUGACGAGUUUUUCGUUCUAAUGACUGUGUUCACUGUCUUGAAUGCAACACUCUCCAUGUCUGGAAUGGUCGCCAACACAAUUAACAUAGUAACUUUUCGGAAAUUGGAUGCUCGCGAUAACUUUCUUAUGUGCUUCUUGGUUCUAUCGUCCGUCGAUUUCCUCUGCAGUUUGUCGGCGUUUAUGCAACAAGUCGCAAUGACAUUUUGGAUUCUAGAAAUCGUGAGCCAUAACAAAAUAGUUUUUCCUAUUGAACCCAGGGCCAUGUCUGUCGUGUUUGCUAACAUUCGCUCUUGUCUGAUCAAUGCUCCGGUUCUCAUUACGUUAUAUCUAUCCAUAUCGAAAUGUUUGUGUGUUGUCAAACCAUUGCAAUUUAAAAAGAUGUUUUCUUUCAAGAGGAAUGCUGGAAUAUUGAUGGGAAUUUGCACAUUUGCACUGGUCAGUUACAUUCCGGUGUAUGCCAGCACUUGGGUUAUCUCCCAAUAUGAUCAAACUGUUAACGCCACGCGACCCAUAUUGUGGCUGACACCUUACCGGGACGUCAUUCGGAAUGUCUUGUGGAUCAUCAGGGAUACAUUUCCUUCAAUGGCUUCGGAAGUGAUCAUCAUUAUCUGCGUUAAGUUUAUGUCGAAAGCUUUGAGGGAAGCAGCGAAAUUUCGAGCAUCCCUUAAACAGAUUAUAUCGGAAUCAAGUAAAGGAAAAGCGAAGAAACGUGUAAACAAUAAAUCCGAGAACACGUUGAGCUUCUCGGAGCUGCAGCUGAUGAAACAGGUCAUUGCCGUUGCUUUGAUUUUCAUUGCCGGCAACACACCCAAGGUUUUUGUGUUUACAGCAUUGGCAGUUGUACCUGAUCUGAAUUUUGGAAAUCGUUACCAAAAUCUUUACCUGGUUCUGAUGGCCUCGAGAGAAGUCAUCGAGAAUCUCAUCUCGGCCGCAAAUUUUAUCGUGUAUUAUAAAUACAACUCAAAAUACACGAAG